AUGUCGACAUCCUCGCCAAAUGUUGAGAUGCAACUGAUGACUGAUGACUUCGACGUGUUCGACGUCACUCCAGACCCAAACAACCUUUUGGCUGCGGCUCCAAGAGUCACUGAUAAAGGUACCGUCUCUGUAUUCACCAUGUUCAGAUACGCCACGUGGUACGAAGUUGUUUUCAACCUUAUUGCCGUGGUUGUGUCUUUAGUCGAUGGUGUGCUCUAUCCACUCAUUGCUGUGCUUCUCGGUGAUGUCUUUGAGUCUAACGUCUUCAACCCAAUUGCUCUGGACCCGAUUGGGAUGGUAGAUUUGUGUAACCAAGUAUGCUUGAAACUUGUAUAUAUCGGUGUUGGGCUCUUCUUCUCUUCGAUGAUCAGAACUAUCAUAUUCGACCUGACUGGAAAUAACCAGAUCAGAAGAAUCAGAAAGCUCUAUAUCAAGGCUUUACUCGACCAGGAGAUGGGAUGGUACGAUGCACACAACACCGGUGAGAUGACAUCGAGAAUGUCUGGAGAUAUUUAUCUGCUCCACGAUGCUAUUGGGCAGAAAGUUGGUGAGUUCUUCAGUUACACAGGAAUGUGUAUUACUGGGUAUGUCAUUGGAUUUGUGAAGGAGUACAAGUUGUGCUUUGUGAUGAUUGCUAUUGCCCCGUUGAUGGCCGGUGCUGCCGGUAUAUUUGCUUUUGUGCAGAGCAGAAGUGCUUCAAGUACCCAAGCGUCAUACUCCAUUGCUGGUGGAAUUGCUUCGGAGACCAUUUCCAAUAUGAGAACGGUGGCUGCUCUUGGAAUUGAAAAGUCGAGAAUUCAACAAUAUCUCCAGACCCUGAAACAUUCACUCCACGUCGGUGUCUAUGCCGCGCACGCAAUGGGAGGAUCCACCGGGCUCCUCUUCUUCUUUGUUUUCUGCGCUUUCUGGAUCGGAUACAUCUAUGGAUCAAAGAGAGUGCAGGACAGAAACAUGACUGCUGGUAAGCUUGCUAUUGUCAUUUUCUCCGUUCUUUGUGGUACUUUAGGACUUUCGCAGAUUGCCACACCCGUUGGUUCAAUCUUCAAGGGAACGUCUGCUGCGUACAGAAUCUUCAAGACUAUCGAAAGAGUGCCAAAGAUCAGAAACACUGGCCGAAGACACAUCACCGAAAUCAAAGAAGGAAACAUUGUCUUUGAAGGUGUCUCCUUCUGUUACCCAACAAGACCAGACAUGCUGAUUUUGAACAACUUCAACUUGGAAAUAAAGGCUGGCCACUCUGUCGGUUUGGUUGGAGCAUCCGGGUGUGGUAAAUCCACUAUCAUUGGCUUGUUGCAGAGAUUAUACGAGCCGGUUGAUGGAAAGAUUAUGAUUGAUGGAAUUGACAUCAAGGAGUUUGACUUGUUUGAGUACAGAAGCAUGUUUGGUGUCGUCGGACAGGAGCCUUCUCUGUUUGCCAUUUCGAUCAAAGACAAUAUUGCCCUUGGUGCUGAUCGAGCUGUUUUGACGUCACACUACCACGACACAGACGAUCCACAAGACUGUUUGAAGUUGCCAGAACUUGAAGAGAAAAUUAUCAAAUGCGCACACAUGGCCAAUGCGUUCAAUUUCAUCAAUGCCCUUCCAAACAAAUUUGACACCGUCCUUGGCCAGAGAGGUGCUCAGAUUUCUGGAGGCCAGAAGCAGAGAAUCUCCAUUGCGAGAGCUUUGAUGAACGACCCAAAGUUGCUCAUUCUUGAUGAAGCGACAAGUGCGUUGGACUUUAAAUCAGAAAAGAUUGUACAGAGAGCAUUGGACAAGGCCUCUGCUGGGAGAACAUCAGUCAUUAUCGCCCACAGACUCUCUACCAUCAGAGACGCGUCGAGAAUUUUGGUGUUUGAUCAUGGACAAGUUGUUGAAGAUGGAGAUUACAAGGCUUUGAUGGAACUCGAGGGUCUCUUUUAUAAAUUGGUCAAAAACCAAGAGAUGGGCAAGAAGGAGAAGGACAAAUUUGAAAAUGAUGAAGACCUUGAAGAAGAUGUGGUACCAGAUGAGAAAGUAGAGAACACAAGCUUCUUACAACUUGACGAUGAUAAUAGAACUGCUUGGCAGAAGUUCUCUGCUCAUUUCUUAGUGUUUGGAAGAGUGUUUAGAAUGAAUAUAAAGGAACUUCCGUGGAUGUGCUUUGGGUUUAUUGGUUCAAUGAUUUACGGUGCCCUAUUCCCAACAUUUUCGUACUUCUUGGUUGAGUCAAUUGUCACUUUAGUGAAGAUUUAUCUCACCGGUGUCAAAGACGACGACGAGGUAAUGAAGUACUUUUACAUUUUCGUUGGAAUGUCUGGUAUAGCGUUCAUAUCGACGUAUCUCCACAAGGCGUUUUUCGAAAUGUCUGGGCAGUUCUUGACAUACAGAGUAAGAAAGGUGUCAUUUACAGCUAUUUGCAGGCAGGACAUUGCAUGGUUCGACAAGAAAGAGAACUCAACUGGUCGAUUGUCGGGAAGACUUGCAGCUGACGCAACAAAGUUGAAUGGAGUCACUGGCAACUUGAUUGGCACUUUGAUUCACUGUGCGUUUUCAUUGAUCAUUGGUCUCAUUCUUGGGUAUUUGGGAAAUGUUACGAUUGCUUGGGUGGCAACUAUUUUCGUGCCUUUUAUUGUGUUCAACACGUACAUACAGUUGAGCAUUUCGGUUGGAUUCGCGGGACCAGAGACAAAAAUCUAUGCCAAUGCAGAGAACUUGAUGACCGAAGCUGUCGAAAAUAUGAAAACUAUUAAGAUGCUGGCAAAGGAAGACUACUUCUCGGAAAAGUACUGCAGCUACUUGAUUGUCCCAGCAAAGAGAGCGCCGUUUGGGGCUGUUGUACAGGGACUUGUUCUUGGCUGGGUGCACUCGUUCAUUUUCUGGAAAUACGCUGUAUUGAUGUAUGUGGCUGGUCAACAACUACAGAAAAAACCACACGGUAUGGAAGACAUCAUGAAAAGUGCGUGUGCUAUCAUUUUUGGUGCCAUGAGUGUCGGUUUCGCAGCAACAUAUAUGCAAGACUUUGGAAAUGCCAAAGUGGCCGCCGAAUCCAUCUUCAAGAUUUUGGACAGAAAAUCACCGCAAAACCCAUUCAGUGAUGAGGGUGAAAAGAAAUUCGAGAUUGAUAAUAUCGAGUUGUCUGAUGUCAAGUUCAGAUAUCCAACAAGACCAGAACAAGUAAUUUUGGAUGGAACGUCGUUUGUCAUCCCAAAGGGAAAAUCAGUGGCGCUGGUUGGACCGAGUGGGUGUGGUAAAUCGACUAUUAUCCAACUGAUUGAGCGGUUCUACAGACCAGAGAAGGGUGUUGUCAAGGUGAACGGAAAAGACAUUGAAGAGUACAACUUGGCGACUUUACGAAACAAAAUCGGGUAUGUCGGACAAGAGCCAUUGCUGUUCGCUGGAACAAUUGGAGAGAAUAUCGUGAGUGGAAUGUGUGGUUCAUGGACGGACGAGGAUCUUGAAGGUGGUGAAAAUCUUGUUUCACAGAAUAUGGAGGCUAUUGUAAAUGCAGCAAAAAUGGCAAAUUGCCACAACUUCAUUUGCCAGUUACCACAAGGAUAUAACACGAUUAUUGGAGAGAGAGGAACGUCGCUGUCUGGAGGACAAAAACAACGAAUCGCCAUUGCAAGAGCUCUUAUCACAAAACCCGAGUUACUCAUUCUCGAUGAAGCAACAAGUGCGUUGGAUUCAGAGAGUGAGAAAAUCGUGCAAGAGGCUAUUGAUCGAAUUGCAAAGAGUGUCACAAGCAUCACAAUUGCGCAUAGAUUGUCAACAAUUAAAGACUCCGAUAUCAUUGUUGUACUUAGCGGAGGAAAGGUGUGUGAACAGGGCACACAUGAUCAGCUCAUGAAAGACGAAGGAAUCUAUUUCCACUUGGUACAGAUCCAAGCCCAAUAA